AUUUUUUGCGGCUCCAAAAGUCGGACGUGCUCGUGGUUAUUUAUUUUAUUUUUUUAUAAAUGCCAAACACUUGCAAACAGAAAAUACGUGUGCUGCAUUUGUUUAUAAGUGAGCGUACAAUGUAUGCGAAUGCAACUGUAUAAGUAAUUGAGUUCGAUUGAAUACCAAAGGGAAAACCUACAACAACAACAAGAACCAGUGACAACACACGACUCCAACAACAACUCUUCUACUACAGCUCAACACAUUUAACUCCUCUGCGCCUUUUGACACGACAACAAAGCAACAACACGACAACACAGCUCAACUGUUGUGUUGGUGCUCGCAUUUGUUAUUGUUGUCGUUUUGCUGCUGUUCCAGGAAGACAUAUAAUCCAGCGAACAACUCACAAUUAAAUGAGACAGCAACCCGCACGACUAUGACGGAGGAAAUAACCGGCAAUUGGAGCUAUUAUGUGUACAUAUCACUAACGUUGGUUCCAGUCUAUUUGGCAUUUCAGCUCAUUAAGUUUUUGGGCUGGCAGUUAUUUGUGAACAACUGAGCAAAUAGCCAAACACAAUCCAGCACCAGCACCAG